ACGGCAUCUUGACCGAACAGAUGAAGCUAGAGUCUGGCAUCCCUCCUCUACACAUCUCUGUCGCCGAAGACGCGGCCGAGAGGGCGUCAAUGAAGAGUGCGACCAGCGAUGUGACAGAUAUGACGGAAAUCGGCAACGCUGAGCAUCAAUCACGAAAGAGGAGCAUGCUCAGUGCGUUGACUGGAACGAGCAAAUCGAAGCCAACUGCCAAACAUGCAGGCGCCGGAGGCAGCUCGAGUAGUCUUCACAGGCCCGAGAGUGCUCAAGGCGAGCGCGAUGUUCCACCGAGGGUACGAAUGGCUGCUGGCAUUGGCAUCUCAGUCCGAGGCCGGUCCGUCUUGGUCAAGGCUCCGGUGUUUAGCACUUGAAGUGCAUCCUUGGUCAAAUCCUGCGGGUUUAUUUUUGGCGCCUGAGACAGGGUCCACAUUGGAUACGCGAUGGCCAGGGUAAUUAUUGACUCAGAGCAUAACGGAGCCGUUGCGACGGACGCACGGCGUGCGCAUCGGCAUUAUUAUGCAACCUUAUUGGGUUGGAAGGGACUUUGGAUCAUGACUUCGCUUGUCCGAAGCGAUAGGUCCGAGGCGUUUCUACCUGCGUUUGGGAUAUGAUGCGGAAAUGAUUGAGUUGGAAAGAGCGAGAGCGCGAAACGAACCCCGGAUACCCUUUGAAUUGUGUGGUGAAGAAUUGCAAUAUGUGUGGAAAACGCUAUGAGGCAUUGGACUGGCGUAUUAGACGUGGUGGUUUGGGAAAGUAGAUACACUCUGGGACCUUUUUUGCAUAUACAGGAACACUCUGUGUUGAAGCCUACCAGGGCUGUAUAUUUGCGCGCGUGGGUAUCUAUCUCACAUGUGAUGAGCGAGAGACGUGGACGUGGGCUGAUGGUGCGGGCUUCUAGUAGAUACUUAGCUACUUGAUAGAUGCCCGGUUGAUCUGAUUCGGCUGUC